GAAAGUGUGGACAAAGUGGACGAUAAGAUAGUGAGAGUGGAUGAGCCCGUGUUGGCCACCAAUCCGUCCGCUUACGAGUCGUAUCUCUACAUAAUAGUCGGCUGCGCCAGUGGUCUCAUACUAGUGGUCGGAGUGUUGGCCCUCUCGUGUUAUUUCUAUUACGUGAGGCCCAGAAAGGAAAGACAGACACAGACUGCUGAUUUCACGGGAAGUCUAACAAACCUGUCGUCCACAAAGUCGGGCCAAAUCUACUUCCGAGUGGACACACCUAACAAUCUGACCAUUAAUAAGAACGCCAGUCAUUACUCGAGUUUCCGGGGCUUUCUCAACGCACCGCCCGUCUCCCUAUACCGGACUCUCUCAGUGCCCGCACACAUAAUGCACGCCAAACACAGCGCCGCCAACAGAUCCAGUGAUACGAUGAGUGACCGGACGAAUGAGUUGCCCAUUGAAAGGAGGAAACUAUUGCUGCAACAGAAGCUAAAUGAGGGGACGUUUGGCCAGAUCUAUAGCGGCCUAUUUGUCGCAGACUUUAACGAUAUGAGCGCUGAGUCCAAGAUUAUGAUUAAGACAGUGUCCGAUCAGGCGUCCAAACUGCAGAUCUCGCUCAUUAUGACUGAAGGGAUGAGGUUUUAUUCACUCAAACACCGGAACCUUCUGAGUCUUAUCGGCACCUGUACUGAUGACCCUAAGCGACCGCUACUCAUAUACCCGUAUAUGAAUGGCGGAAAUCUUAAGCACUUUCUCCAGACAUCGAGUUCUCAUAAAUACUCACUCGACGGCCAAAUCCACACAUUUCUGACUCAAGAUUUGGUCCAAAUGGCGCUUCAAAUCGUGUCGGCUAUCAUUUAUUUACACAAACGCCGUCUCAUUCAUCGCGAUUUGGCCACAAGAAACUGUUUCGUCCAGACUUCAGAUCAAAACUCAUUUCUAGUCAAAGUAGCAGAUCAUGCGCUCUCGAGGGAUUUAUUUCCAAACGAUUACCACUGUUUGGGUGAUAAUGAGAACAGACCUCUCAAAUGGUUAGCAUUAGAAAGUUUAGUGAAGAGAGAGUUCACGCAAUCCAGUGAUGUCUGGAGUUUUGGUGUCACUCUCUGGGAACUAAUGACAUUAGGACAGCAGCCAUACUUCGAAGUCGAUCCCUUCGAAAUGGCCGCCUAUUUGAGGGAUGGCUACCGACUCUUUCAGCCCAUCAACUGUCCCGACAGACUAUACGAUAUAAUGAUCUGUUGCUGGAAUGCCGUUCCCGAAGCGAGACCAACGUUCCCUCAAUUGCUCUCAUGUUUAGACGACUUUCACCAAACCCUCGGGAAAUACAUUUAAUUAACUAUUCAUUC